AUGGAUAGGCCCUUCUGGCAGGAGGAGCGCCUGCGGCAGGAAGCAAGGGAGAGAGAAGCGCGUGCGUGGGAUUAUGAGAAACGGAAGCAAGUAUCAGAAGCCUCAGCUCCAGUAUCAGGAGGAGGUGCCGAGGAGCGCAAUGUGGGCGUUGCCAAAGCUCCCUUCGAGCCGUCAGAAGGUGGCCAAGAUUCUCUUGUUCGUGACAUUCCCUACUAUUCCAGACGGGUUGGGCUGGAUGCAGAAAGCUAUAGAGUUCAGACAGAAGAUGGCGCGGUAAUUCCUCUGUGGCAUCUAUAUGACCCAAAGGAAUACGUGCCAUUAGCCUCCAGUGAUAAGAACUGUAUAGGCCCUCCAAGUGCCUUACAGACACCGAGAUCUAACCCACAGAGCGCCUCUGCUGCUGGUGGCAGGAGAUAUCCUAUUCUCAUGCUCCCAGGUCUAUUUCAGAGCGCCGGUGCGUUUUGUGUCAACGAUGACGAUAGUCUUGCCUUCUUCCUGGCCAAAUCAGGUUACGAUAUCUGGCUAGGCAGCAAUCGUUACGGCUUCCAUCCCGAGCAUAUCUCCCUGACUCCAUCCGAUCCACGCUUCUGGUCCUGGACCAUCAGGGACAUGGCAACCUUCGACCUGCCAGCCCUCGUCACACGUGUCUUGUAUGAGACUAACUUCCCGAAACUAGCACUCAUCGGUCACUCUCAAGGCGCAGCAGAGACAUUCCUCUCACUGUCUAAACAUAUCCAGCCGUCACUCGGUUCCCAAAUCAGUAUCUUCUGCGCACUCUCCCCAGCCGCCUACUCUGGUCCCCUCCUCAAAAAAUUCUACCUGAAAUUCAUGCGCCUGAUCCCUUCGACUGCUUUUCGGCUCAUCUUUGGCAUUCACGCAUUUAUCCCCUUCACUCAUACCAUUCACACUCUCCUCCCAACUUCUUUGUACGCUGUAAUGGGUUACAUGGUGUUCUCAUACGUGUUCAAGUGGUCGGAUUCCCGCUGGGAUCGUGGGCUUCGUUCCCGAUUCUUCCAAUUUAGCCCCAUUUACGCGAGCGCGGAGUGCAUGCAUUGGUGGCUAGGUAGGGGCGGCUUUGCGGACCACGGUUGCAUCCUGAGCACGAGGGAGCAAUUGGCUCAAGAGGCCAAGGAAGAUGCGCGUGACGAGGUAGGUGUCGUAGAGAAGAAGAUGGAGGAUGGGUUGAGUGCUGUCAGACUCGCGCUUUCGACUGAUGUAGAUGCUGGUGCAGCGAAUGCGGCUUGGUACGAUGACCGUGUUCCACCCAUAGCUCUUUGGAUUGCAGGAUCGGAUCUGUUAAUUGAUGGCAUUCGGUUAUUACGGCGGCUGCAAGGCAGGCGUGAACCAUAUGUCCGAGUUGUGCAUUCGAGGGUAAUUGAGGAAUACGAGCAUUUGGAUGUGAUAUGGGCUAUAGAUUCUAUUGAGAAGGUUGGAAUGGAGGUGAAGAGCGUUAUUUGGGAGUGUGUAAAGGACGACGUUCGAGGAUUUUGCCGAACUCCUGAGAUGUAG